GAGGAUACCUCCUGUUAAAAGAUUUCAUCUUCAAAAUGAAGAAAAACAAGAACAACUUAGAAGUCAUGGACAAUCAAACUCCAAUUUCUUCAGAAGAAGUUAGAAAUUGGCUUGAAUUGCCUCCCAAUGUUCUAUCUCUCAUAUUUUUAAAAUUAGGGGCAAUUGAUAUCUUACUGAGGGCUCAAUCAGUUUGUUCAGUGUGGAGAAAAGCUUCCAAAAAGCCUUUGCUGUUUCGUUCUAUAGAUAUCAGGAACAGCUGGGAUUUGUUUGAGGAACAGUGUGAUAUGAUGAUUGGUCGUGUUUCGUUUAAUGGUAACAGGUACGAUAUGCAAAAGAUGGUGAGAGAAGCUGUGAAUAGGAGCUGCGGCCAGUUGGUUGACUUCUCUUUAGAAAGUUUUGCUUCCAAUGAGCUUUUAGCAUAUACUGCUGAAAAGUCUAGUUCUUUAAGAUGUCUUCGACUCGUACAUUGCUAUCAAGUUAGCGACGAUACAUUGAUUAACAUGGCUAAGAAAGCUUCCAUGCUGGAAGAACUUGAGAUAUGUCACUGUUCUUUCUCACUGGAUACACUUAAAGCUGUUGGUAAUGCAUGCCAUCAGUUAAAAUUGUUCCGUCUUAACAGUCGAGGAUACGAUCAUCCAGGCAAAGAGUGUGAUGAUGUGGCACUAGCCAUUGCAGAGAAUAUGCCUGAACUGCGUCAUCUUCAUCUUUUUGGGAAUAAAUUGACCAAUGUGGGCUUGAAGGCGAUUCUGGAUGCCUGCCUGCACCUUGAAUCUCUCGACCUCCGUCAAUGCUUAAACGUUAAUCUAGAAGGGGAUCUACUGAUUACUUGUAGAGAUAGGCUUAUAAAAUUAAGGUUCCCGAAUGACUCCAGUGAUGAUUGUGAAUUUGAUGCUGCAAUCAUUGAUCAUGACAAUGAAUUCUACCAUAUAGACUCUGGUGUAGAUGAUGACAGUGGAUACUCAGACUCAAGUUUAGGUUUAUGACUUGCCCUACGACCCAGAAUACUAUGAUUAGUCUCGUCGUAGUACUAUGAUGGUUGUGAGUUAUUUGACUACUGUGUAUUGCUUCUCUCUUGGUGUGGAGUGCUGGAAUACUUUUUGUUUAGUAGUGUACCUAUACGCAUAAAUAUUUUUCUAAUUUCUCUAAGACAUAUCUAUCUAGGCGUUCCUAGUAUUCAAGAUGGAGCUUGGUGGUUUAGUUUAUUUUUUCUAUUUUGUUACUAUUUGUUUUUUGUGUGUAGGAGGAGGUCAGCGUUGCUGCUUGCAUGUUUUGUGUUAUCUUUGUAUCAUAAAAGCACAGUGGCUUGGUGGAAGUUAACAAGCAUAAAUGAGUCUUAUGAAGUUGAUGGGUUUAGUUUUCUAAACCGUAAGCAGUACGAAUAUCGAAAACAGAAUGAGAUCGAACUAGAAAAAAAAGAAGAAGCUGAAUUCAACCAUUACGUUACACAUUGAAAGAGUUUUAUGAGUAUUGCAGUGCUUCUACACUUUUGACCUUUCUUCAUUGUGACCCUAUAUAUAUAUCUGUGAGUAUAGCUGGUAAACUACCUCACCCAAACAAUGGUCACAUAUAAUUAACAACAACAACAGAAAAAAGUUAGCAGUGACUGAAUUCUGGAAAUUUUGAAUCCUUUUAACUUGGGUUGUUAUGUUGUUCCAAUGUACAACAACCUUCUCAAGGCACAAGCGUUCAGUAUUCCAAAAUGACAAUUAAUGGAGAGUAGAAAUGCAACGUUGGAUUUUCUUUUUGUUUAUUUCCAAGAAAAAAUCACUCUUGGUAGUAACGACCACUUCAUUCUACACUUCCUUUCAUGUUGAAUGUUGACUAGAGAAGACAGAGAGUAAUUCGUUGGCGUUUCAGUUUUCAAUGGUGCAUGAAGCUCUAUAAAUAAAUACUAAAGCCUCAUUGAGUUUCAUUUUCUCAGCAGCAACAUAUAUCCAAGAGAUUCAUCUACUUUCAUUUGUGGAGGAUGCCUCCAAAUAAAAAAUUCCAUCAGAAAAAUAAGAAGAAGUUAGAAAUCAUGGACCAUUAAGAAGAAGUUAGAAAUUGGGCUGAAUUGCCUGCUGAUGUUCUAUCUCUUAUAUUUUUAAAAUUAGGGAUAAUUGAUAUCUUACUGAGGGCUCAAUUAGUUUGUUCAGCGUGGAGAAAAGCUUCCAAAGAGCCUUUGCUGUUUCGUUCUAUAGAUAUGAGGAAUUGGCAGGGUUUGUUAGAAGCUGACAUGUACAAUUUGGAAAAACUGGCAAGGGAAGCUGUGGAUAGGAGCUGCGGCCAGCUGGUAGAAUUCUCAAUGGAACGUGUUGGUAGCAAUGAGCUUCUAGCAUAUAUUGCUGAUAAGUUUGUCUAUUUUCAGGUCUGGUUCCUUGAGAUGUCUGCGUCUUGCAUUGAUCAACAUGGCUAAGAAAGCUGUCCUCCACCGAACAAAAAUGCUGCCUGUUCCUCCUCCUCACCCAGCAAUAAUAAAGAAGAAGAUCCUUGAGGCUGCACCCUGAUGGAUUUUUUUUUUUUUUUUGUAACUUGUAAUAAUUCAGAUAACCCCUUAUCCAAAUUUUUUUCCGCUAGUGUCUAAAGUAUCCCUGAUUCGAUUAGUGUCAACUAUGGUGAUUAACCGAAUUAAUAUUGAUUAGUGUAUUAAUUAAGAUUAAUCGUUCGACUAAUUUUUUUCAUCAAAUUCUUUUUCUGUCUUUUUA